GUGUGUUGCUGCCCUCUACGUUCGUUGGUCGACAGUAAUUGAUCGGCAACUUCAUCUAAGGUCAAUAUUGGAGGAGAGGCAGUUUUAAAAAUUUCGAUCUUAGUUUUACUUUCCAUCAUGGAUGAUGAUUUAGGAUUCACCCUUGCCUUAUCAGGAAGAGGAUUAAGGGGGAGGGCAUCAGACUCGAUUAAUGAGCUAAGGGCAACACUUAACAGUAGUCCAAGGAGGCGUACUUUAGGUAGUCACCUACCCACACCUAGACACUCAUCCUCCAGCCUUUCCAAGAGCACCUCCAGAAGAUUGCAACACAGGAGUUUGUCUUCACCAAGGGAUCUUGAGCCAGGAAGUCUUCAAAACACAAGGUUAUCUGAUAAUAGAGCACUUGACAACUACAACAAUGCUGUAGACAGGCUCAGAACUCUACUUCUAAGCAAUAGUAAUCAAGCAAGUACAUUGCCUGGUAGAGGUCGAAGGUCAUCGGAAGUUUUCUCUCAGAAUGGCCAGCAUGAGGCUCCCUUUGCAAUGGAGGAUACCUACACCUACAAACAGUCCCCUAGACUUCCAUUAACAACCAGCGUGUCUAAAGUGCACACUGAGCCCAACUCGCAACAGCUGCUACAGAUUAUCAACAGCCAAAGUGCAUACAUUCAACAGUUAGAGGGAGAGAAUAAGUACUGCAGGGAGGAGCUCCAUGGUCUAAAAGGAAGGACAGAGGCGAUUGUAGCAGAGAAUGUCAAACUGAAUGACGAGAUGAAAGAUAUGCUCAUUAAAACAGCUCUGGAAGAUAGUCCAUUUAGACAGGAUGAACAGCCAUCCUCAAUGCAAGGUAACCAAGAAAGACGUUCUAACCAGAGACAACAUCCUCAAGCUCCGGAUAGACUCAUGUUUGCCCAAUGGAGUGAAGAUCUUGAAAAACUGAAGAAAAUGCAUAGUAUGCGAGUAAAGAGAUUGGAAGACCAAUUAGCUUCAACAAAAUCUGAGUUGGUAAACUAUGAGAAGCAGUGCAAUGAUUUGAAGGUGAAGCUAAGGAUGGCUGAAUCAGUAAACCUUCUCUCAAGGAAAGACAGUCAUAUCAAAGAUGGUCUCUGUGUACGCUGUGCUCAAGAAGAGGCUGUUAUGACCAUCCCCAGUCAGCCUGCGAAUAGUACUACCAUUCACAGGAUAACAGAGGAGAGGGAUGAUUUGGUGAGUCGUCUCACUGCUAACCAGGCAGCAAAAGAAGAAGCAGAAGUGAGGGAAGCUGAAGCUUAUAAUCAGGUGCAGCAAAGCAUUCAACUCGUAGAACAAGCUCAGUUAGAGAGAACAGAGGCCUUAGUACAGACAGAGCAAGCUAAGGAAGACAUUGUCAGACUUCAAAGCAGAAUGGCUGACAUGGUAACAGAACAACAAGAGAAACUACAUCUUGAAAGAGAGGCAACUAGGAGAGAGAGUCAAGAAGAAAUUGCACAGCUCAAUCAUAAAGUUGGUAAGCUAUCUGAAGAAUUAUCUGCAAUGACCAAUCAGCUAGAGAGAGUGACCAGAGAGAAGGUAGAUAUAACAUCAGAGCUGGAUCAAGCUAAGAUGCAAAUCAUGCAACAUGAGGUACAAAUCACAAAGGUAUCUGAGGACACACGAGUGUCAGCUACUACAGCUAAGGUACAGAGGGAUGAGGCAAUGAGACAAUUAGAGAGACUCAGAGCAUCCAUGGAAUCAGAACUAAGAAGUGCAAAACAGGAGAAAUCUCGGGUGAAGAAUGACUUAUCAGAUGUAAGAAGGAGACUCCAGCAGGCUGAGAAGGAUGCCUCCUCAUCACGGGAGGAGUGCAUCCGUUUGGUAGAGAAACUCAAUGCUGCUGAGAGAGAGGCAAGUAUUUUACGUUUGUCUCAUGAGAGUGUUGAGAAGGGUAACAAAGACGCUCUGAGGAUGGUAAGACACCGAGCAGAGAAGAAGGAGCAAGACCUCAAACAAACUAUACAUGACAUGGAAGCCAAGCAUAGUUUAGCUGUGAAUGAACUAGAGAACAUGUUAUCAGAUCAACAAGCCUUGAUCACAAAGCUUAGAGGAGAGGGUAGAAUCCUUACUGAGAAGUUAGAGAGUGGAACUAACAAGUAUAGAUCAGAGCUUCGUCAACUGAGGCAGGUGAAUGGUGAGCUUGUGGCCCGAUCAGAGCGCCUCUCCCAGCAGCAUAAUGAUAUGGAGAUACAGUGUGUAGAGCAUGGUAAACUACAUCAUAGAAUGAAAACCCGUCUCCAGCAGAUGGAAGAACAGAAUAACAAAAAUGCUAAACAGAUCUUUGAGCUCCUUCAGAAGCAGACCAGCUUGAUGCAGGAACGACAGGUCCUCAGUAAGGAGGUAGAGUUCUUGAGAAGCCAUGGCAUCACCAAUGCACCAUCAGACCUGAACAGGAGUGAAACCAACUGGUUGAACAGUGAUGUAGAUAAACUCAAGAGAUCGGCUGGAUCAUAUGGCAAGGAGGCUAUGGUACCAAGUCAUGAUCAGGACAGGUAGCAUACAUCAUUUUUCUUUUAAGUAUUGAUGAAAGGAACGUUUCUUAAAAUAUUCAAAAUCACAUGCAAUUGAAAUCAAGAAAGUGCACAUGCAUAUUUUUUCACUAUAAAAUAUUAUAACUUAGACACUGUUCUCACUACUGUUCUAAAACUAGUUUAACGUGAAAUGAGAACGGUGGAAGCGGUCUUGGAAGCGAUCUUCCAAACCGGUUCAGAAAACCACCUUGUGAUGUAGUUUUGAAGAUCGCUUUGCCUCGUUAAACUGGUUUUAGCGUGAGGACACAACUGUUCUUCAGGAAGCAAUCAUCUCACAUUUCGAGCGCGCGACUCCACACACUGUAUGUGGAAUGAUUACGCUGCAGUUUCAAAUUUUGCGCUAAACAUGUCACUCCACCGAGAGUGCCUUGAGCACCUAGCAAGGUGGAUACGUGCGCUAUACAAAUCCUAUAUUAUUUAUUUAUUUAUUUCCCAUAGCAGCAAGACUGCUUUACGUGAAGUGGUUUUGAAAACCACUUUCAGGUGAUCAAAUGGGAACACUAGCAAAGCAAUCUUCCAAACUGGUUUCCAGUAUACCAGUUUGGAACAAAGUAUAAUGAAAACAAUGUCAAAUUCACAUUAAUAGAUUAUCCCCUCCCUCCCCCCCCCAAAAAAAAAAAAGAACGAGGAAACAGGGAUAUACUAAAUUAGUCUUUAACAAGAACCAUCAUCCUGUAUUGUAAUAGCUUCAUGAACAAUAAAUUUACUUGGGUUGAUAUAGUCUGAGUUUAAUGUUUUUCAUGUAGUAAGUUAAUGAUUUUGUACUGAUUAAUUGCUUUUGUCACUUAAUCCAUUUUAUAUUUUAAUCUAUAUUUCAUUCAGAGAUAAAGUUAAUAUAUUAAGAGUGUAGACCAUUAUUUAGAAAAGAAAAUUAUUCAACCCUGGUCCUAAAUUAAUUGAUUUUGUAAGUAAAUUAUGUAACACAAACCUGAUGUUUAUGUGAAAACUAAUGAAGACAUAUGAAGACUUUUUAGUUCCUAUUUACAAGUUUGAAUGGUUUUUAAUCAAAUAAAAUUACAAUCAUUGGCAAAUAAUUGAAUUUAAAAAAGUUAUGGUAGAUCCAUCAUGCAUUUGUAUUUUAGUUUAAUCUUAGACCUAGCUAUGUGCAUCAUGAUGGUAUGAUAUUUGUUUAAUACACAAAGUAUCAUAUUAUUUUUAAAUUUACUCUCCCACUGCAUUCUGAAAUAGUAGUUUCUAUAAUUCUGCCUUGAUAUAAACAGUAAUUGCAUAAACAACCACUUAAUUAUAUGCCUUAAAAUGAGAGAACAUUAUUUUUCACACAUUACUUUAUAUCAAAAUCUUACAAGCUUAUGCAGUUGGAAAAAGAACUUCAUAAAUAUGCAUGGCAAAAUGUUGCAUAAGUUACAGCAAUACAUAUUUUAACCGUCCAUUUUUAUCAAUUUUUUAUAUUGAUGCUCUAUUGGAGCUAUGGUUUUAAGAAGGUAGCAAACAGUCAUAUAACUUGUGUGUGAAGUAUGGACAUUCAUUUCUUAUUUCUAAUUAAUUAACAUUCCUUUCAUUUGUCUUUUCUUAGUGUAUGUCAUUUAUAUACAUUUUAUUUUUAUUUUACCUGAAAUAUCAAUUUCCACCCUGUCAAAAAAAUUGCAAAUUGGUUGAUUGUUAGUAAUUUGUGAGUUGUUGAAGUUAUCAAAAUGUCAUGUGGACAUGCAAAUAUCAUGCAUGAGGUGAAAGAAAAUAUAAAGCCUAAAGGGCAAUUUCAUAUGAGAAAAAUUAUAGUCCAGAGUAAAUCCAUUCAUGGAUUAAAAAUCAACAUUUCUGAAAAUAGGUGUCAUGACAUGAUAAUCAUUAUUGGCAUGUUCAACUUUAUUUGGAAAAAUUCUCAGAAAAUGGUUCAAAUUUCUAGUAAGUACAUUUAAAUGGGUUAAUUUCAUUGAUAUUGAAAGUGAUUGCUCAUUUUUAUAAAAUGUACAACAUGGUUAAAUUUCAUUAUUGAUAUUGAAUAUUGUUGAAACAAAAGAUUUGGGGGGAAAUAACAGACAUAUUUUCCUCGAAUUAACUGCUAUAGUGGUUUAAGAGAGGCAAAACACAGAACAUGAACUGUGAACACAAACUCAAAUAAUAUUUGUAUCUGAAUUAAAUUUCCCAUGUGGAAUUUCCUAGAUGGUAUGACAUUUCUUUACACAGUACUCUAGUUGAUUCUUCUUGUACCUCAGUCAGUAUAAAACACCUUCCAGUAUUUUAGAUUAAACAAAUUAUUCCAUGUAUGUUCUAAUCAAUGUAUCUGUGUGUAUUGAGUGUCUGUAAGAAAUAAUCUUUUUAUUUUCAUAUUUUUUGUUGUACUUUAUUAUAUUUGAUUGUACUAACUAAUUGAAAGUAUUUAACUCUUUAUGCCAGUUGUAAAAAUUGUGUAUUGUGACGAAUUAAUAUACAGUGCGUCCCACAAAAAGGAAACCCGUUUUCAGAGAUAGAUUUCACAAGUAUUAAAUAUGUUUUUACUAUAAAUUUGAUACCCAUGGCAAGAGUGGAAUCUCAUCUCUAAUUUGAAACCAACAGCUUAGCAAAUUGUUCAUGCGUGGCAGAUUACAAACAAUAAAUACUGAGGCAUAUCAAAAAUGAUUUGUGCAGAACUCAUUUGUGAAUCUGAAUCCUUUCUCAUUUCAGGGAUCAGUGAGAGAAUCUUAUCAAAGAAUACACAAGAAAUGCUAAUGAGCCAAUAGUUGAAUAAGCACGUUGUCAUAUCAUGAACCAAUCUUGUCUAAUAUUUCUGGGCAACCUGGUUUUGACAUUAAAAUUUCAAACUUGUUUUGCUCAUUAAUGCGUGAAGUGUUCGUCUCAUAUAAGGUAUCAAAAUAAAGAGUAAUAAUUGAAUUAUAUGAUUAUAUAAAUUAAAUAUCAUAAUUCAUUUGCCUUUGAAAAAAAAAAAAGACUUGGGAAUCACGGUUUCCUUAUUUCUGGGAUGCACUGUAUAGUUGUAAAUGUCUGAUGUGUUUGGUUCUGUAUGCAAAUUUUAUUCAAAGUUUCAGUUCUACCUUACAUCAAAUUUUAGGCCUGGAAAUCGUUAUGAAUAUGAAUCCAAUUGAAUUGUUUUAUUCAGUUUGGAAGUACAUUGCAACAUUGGUUUUCUGGGGAUGGCAGACAGUGUUAUUUAGUUUCAUUCUUUUAUUUGUGUGUGAAUUCAGAACUAUAAUCAUGUUUUCUUGAAUAAAGCCACCAGUCAUUUAUAGUUAUUCAAAUGCCAUAAUACUAUGAAUCCUGCAACAACAACAAAAUACAAUAAAAUUUAAGGUAUUGGGGGUAUUUUUUGAAUUGGCAUCAUAACUUACAAAGCUUAUUGAUCUAGUUCAUGAAACUUAGAUAUAAGGGUUAUCAGGGUAUGAAUGAUUAUUUUCACAAUUCUAGGUGACUUGAUCAAGGUCAAAUGUUCAUUUUAGGUCAAUGGACAUAGUAUUUCACUAUCAUAUGAUUUUUUUAAAAUAAUUAUUCAAUAAUUGUUUUAAAAGUGAGCAAUGCUGCUAUAUUGAAUUGCGUAAUGCAGGUGAGACUGCCAGUGGCAUGCCACUUGUUUUUAUUUGAAUUUGGUGGGGGAGGGUGAUUCGCUUUGCCAGGCAUAUCUUAAAAAAUAUCACAUUUCACAAAGCAAUAAUGAAAACAUUUGUGGUACAGUAUAUUCAAUGAUGUAGUAAUAAUUUUUACAGAAAUUUUAUACUUUUGUUCUCGUACAUUACUGUACUUUUUAUCAAAUGCAUUUAACAUUUUUUGUAGCAAUAAUAUUUUUUAAAUGUAUGUUUAAAUAAAAAAAAACAAAUUGGAUACUAAUA